AAUCUUUGAAGCUCAAUCAUUCAUGCAAAGGAUAUGGAAAGUAUGAACACUGAAAUGACUGACAAACAACAUAUGAAUAACACAGAAAAAGAUAAAAAUAAAUUAAAGAGUAAGAAUAAGACAAAGAAAGAACUGGCUAAAGACUUUGCAUCCAAUACAUCUGCUCAUGGAUUUGCAUAUUUAGUAACCUCAAAAUAUGGGGCUAUACAUGUGCUUUGGGUCAUAUGUAUCAUAGCAUCGGGAACAGGAAUGCUGUAUGGAAUAUUUUCAAGUUUUGUCAUUUAUUUAAACUUUCCUACCAAUGAAAUUGUAUCAAAGUACACCACAAAACAAGACUUUCCGGCUGUAACACUUUGCAAUGUAAGCCCUGUGUCUGCCUACAAAGCAAAAUUAAAAAACAGUGUGAAUUCACAAAGUUUUAUAGAGUAUGUUCAGUUUCUAAUGAAGUAUGAUACAUUAAAAUCCAUUCCGGGUUUUGAAGAAUUCAAGGAAAGAUUCCAAAGUUCGGAGAGUAUCAUGACAAAUGUAAACUUUGAAAAUUGGUCUCUGCAAAGUCAUAAUUGGACUGAUAUUAUCCUUAGUUGCAAAAUUAACUCUAAAGCAUGUCCUCAUAAUAAAGACUUCUUUAAGCCCAUUAUGAAUCCUUCAUUUGGUAUAUGUGUCACUAUAAAUGGGAAUCAAUCUGCUGAAAAAAUCAAGAUUUCAACAUCAGGGCCGACACAUGGUCUUAGCAUGUUAGUAUUCUUGGACACUUAUCAAGAAGGAUUAGAUAAUGUUAUCUAUGACACAGAAUCUGUGAUACAGGGGGGUUCUGGUUUAUAUGUCCAGGUUCACCCCCCUGGGAUUCAGCCUGACCCUGUUACUAAAGGAGUGCAGAUAAUGCCUGGGCAGUCUACAAGUAUCAGGAUCAAGACACAUGUAAACAAAUAUCUAACAUAUCCCCAUGGUAACUGUACCAAACCAUUCUUUAUAGAUGACAUAGGAUAUGCCCAUUCUGAGACAUUGUGCAUGGGGAUUUGCAAACAGGCACUAACUCGAGAGAAAUGUGGCUGCACAUCAUUGGGAGAGCCCCAUGACUCUAGACCAUAUAAAUCAGGACUAAAAAUGACAGGAAAUCUUAGCUAUUGUGGUAGGUUUGAUAUAGAAAAUGCACUGUCUCCUCAUCCUAAUAUAACAGAACUGGAUCAACUAUUUGCAACACUGAGAUGCCAGCAAAAUAUAAAUUUGAAUUUCUACUCGGAAAAUGACAAGACAUCAUGCGCUUGUUUCCCACCCUGUAUGGACACUACAUAUGAAAUCACAACAUCUGCAAGUGCCUGGCCAGAAGAAAUGUACAUGAAAGGGAUUUAUGAUCACUAUAUAAACGAUCGUCCUGAUCGCGAUGACCUCACUGUCUACAACUCAAUGAAACACUUAAACAUCUCAAGUGUAGUUUGGAAACGUCACAUGAAAAAGAACAUGCUGCAGCUUAACAUCUUCUUCAAGGAUUUAGAGAUCACACUUACAGAACAAGUCAAGAGUUUCACAUUUACAGAGAUGGUGUCAUCUAUUGGUGGUUUCUUUGGAUUCUAUAUGGGGAUAUCGGUCCUUACACUUUUAGAGAUAGGCUUAUUCUUAGCUGCAAUUGUGAAAAAGACAUGCUGCAACCAAAGUAACAAAGAUACCAUAUAAGUACAUCCAUGUGCUUAAGGACUCAGUAGGCAGAUCUUUCAACUUCGCAUAAACAAUUGACUUGAUUGGUUCUCGCCCAAUCAUUAUGUCGCGUGAUUGUAAAAUUCAGACAUAAUUAUUGGUUGGAUUGCAUGUAUUAAUUAAUAAACAUGUGCAGUGAACUACUAUCGACUUGACAGCUUUGUAAAUAUUCAAUGUGUAAUGAAUGCAUUUAAUGGAACUGACAACUGGAAAAUUAUGGGAUUUCAUAAGUCUCCAUGUCAUAGAUGUUAUGAAGGCUUAUGUUGUAUUGAAUGUCAUGUUUGUUUUUCAAAAUAGUAAUUAAUAUCUGAAUCUGAAAGGCCUAUAUAUUAUUCUGCUCUCUUUUGUAUAUAAGUGUGAUAUA